AAACGUCGCAAUUAUAUUCAUGUACCCAAAUUUUGAAUUCUAAAUUCACGUGACGACAGACAUAACUACAUACCUGUAAUCGGUUACUUUAGCCCAUUUUUAUUUGAGAUGCUCUGAAUAUUUUAUACAAAUAUGUAACACUUUCUAUUCUUGUACCGCGAGUGACAUUGAUUAUGUCGCUAACCAGUGUAAAUUGCAGUCGAUGCGUGGACCAUCCGAAUCGUGCUUCAGGUGUUCCACAUACUAUAUAGUACCGCUACAAAUUAUCGUUAUUUUACUCCCGAUAAGUCCUCUAUUCGGACAUAGUGAAAACGUACAGCAUAUUGUCAAAUAACCAUUCUCAAAUCAGCAUUUGAGUCGAACAGUCGUUUUCAAUAUUUCAAUGCAGUGUGAUCAUUUAAAAUGAAGAAAUUAACAUUAACUUUGUCUUUACUGGUUAUCAGUGUGUUAUGUAAUAGUAAAGUUUCGGCAGGAAAUUUACCCGGUCCAAUGGUGUACGUGGUAACGCCUGCGACACGUUCUGCUCAAAAUGAUGAAGGAAGAGCGAGGCCGUUUUACUAUCGCAACUGGAUACGAAGAAUGGACUCCGAAACAAGCACCACUACUGCAGCUCCGACUACCUCAACAGUUAAAGUGGAUACACCCGAUCUCAUAUUUGCUGAAUUUGAAUCGGACGGUCACAUGAAAAAAAGCAUCAGAAAAUUAUUAGAGAAAGAAAGGGUCGAAACCAAAACUUCUACAACGUUCCAACCUAUUUACGUUCCCGAUGAAGAGUUUCAACCAGUGGCCCAAAAUACUAACUAUGGCUUACCAUUGCCCACAGAUAAGCCAGACCAAAAAGAAACUGAGGAAAGUAAAUAUUUUGAAAUGCAUAACAAAUUCUAUAACAUUGCGCCUACGACAUAUACUCAAACAACCUCGCCUACGACUACUACGACUAAAAUACCCACGACAAUAUCGACACAAGCUACGCCGAGUAACAUUGAAAAUAUUUGGCAUAUAAUCGACAGUGAGAAAUCAACCCAACAUUCGGGUAAUUGGGAAGAAGUGCCAAUUGGAACGAAUGAGGAAGAAAGUAAAAGUGAAACCCAACCUCAAACUAAUACUGACGAUCAUGUUAUCGAAGAAGAUAACAAGGAAGACAACGAAGACGACGGCGUAUUCACAGAUUUCGCAGUACCCGGGUUUUCUGCAAAUCCGGGAAAUGACGCUGAGAACGAAUCACGGGGCAUACGCACGGAAUCGAAUUUUCGUUUCCCUUACGUUAACUUAAAACCUUUUCAGAUAAAAACAAUGAAGAAACCCACUAACAACCUCUUAUCGAAUAGUAAGAAGAAUAAUAACUUAUUUACUAAUUUAGAUAAUUUCUACGAUUUGAAAAAUCCCAUUCGAGGUGAAGCGCAAGAUAUUGUGCCUCAACAGAAACCGAUCGAUCGGUAUAAUCCGGCCCAGCCUUAUUUGCCACAACAGAGUUAUGGCAGUAAUUCCAAAGAGUCUAAUAAUGUCCCCGCGAAGGCUACAGCUAACCUUGUGCCACCUCCUCCACCUCAGGCGCCGAAAAUAACCGAUAAUGAUUUCCCUUCGCCUACAAACUACGAAUCUUUUCCCCCAUACGCACCUUUAAGCUUCAACAGCGCACCACAGCUGCCGUCUCCCCCGCCUCCAGCUCCUAAGCCAGUAUCAAGUUACUCGCCGCCGGCUCCCGGUCCUCUACCAGUAUCAAGUUAUUCACCGCCAGCUCCUGGUCCUCUACCAGUAUCAAGUUAUUCACCGCCAGCUCCUCCUGGUGACUCAGGUGAUUCGGAUACAUUCGACUCUCCGCCCGGACCUCCCAUGGAUCACGGUGACUCGGAUUCAAUUUAUUCUGCACCUAGUUCACCCGAAGAUAGCGGCGACUCUGAUUUACUUAACGGUCAUGGCGAUGACAUGGACCUGGGAUAUCGUUAUAAGCCACCUUCAGGACCUCCGCAAUCAUUCGCACCCACUGCACCUCCGAUGCCAGCUGAGCUCCCUAUGCCUCCCAUGCCGAUGAAACCAUUCGAAGGGUACAAUUAUAACAAACCUUUCAUGCCGCCGGAUUCUGACAUGCCAGACCAUGACAUCAAGCCAGACUUUCACGGAUUUUAUGACGAUAAGCCUGAUGAUUUUCAUUAUCACCAUCAUCACCACCCUACGACAACUACCACCGAAAUGCCUCGUGUCAACAGGUACAGUUACUACUAUUUGGGCAAGAAAUUGUAUUACUUGCCGCUUUAUUUUAGUGUGUACUUCAUUGUUUACGUGGGAGCCCUGAUUGUGAAGGCGGUGUUGCGGCACAAGAUUGUGUACCCCAACAGCUGGAGACCGAACGAUACAACGGCGGGCUUCUUCUCUAAGAGAUCCAUAGAUUCUUGGGACCUUUCAAAUGAAAACUUGCACGAGGUGACUGGAAAAGUAACACACGCUAUUGCAACUGCAGCUAAAAUAUACAUGGACGGUAAAGACAAAAAUGAAUAGAAACAGAGAGUUGCAGUAACUUAAUUUAAUGUACAUAUAUUUAGGAGAAUAUUAGACUAAGUCGUUGUGAU